AUGUGGAGGAAAACUUGUGUGAUUUUGUUGCUGGUGAUGUGUGUCAGAGAUUCACUUUCUCAACCAGAUGUUUGUGGACGUCCAAAUCCCAACUUUAACCCUCGUAUUGUGGGUGGUGUGAAUGCAACUGAGGGCUCGUGGCCAUGGAUGGUCAGUCUGCGUAAGAGUGGUGUUCAUUUUUGUGGUGGCUCCCUCAUCAACAAUCAAUGGGUGCUGACAGCAGCUCACUGCAUCAGUGGUAAAACCACAUCCAGCAUGCAUGUGUACUUGGGAAAGUGGAGACGUUAUGAAACUGACCAAAAUGAAAUCACCAGAACUGUCAUAGACAUCAUUCCACAUCCCUCCUACAAUAACAGAACUUCUGAUAAUGACAUCGCUCUGCUGCAGCUGUCAGCUACAGUUCAAUAUACUGUCUACAUUAAACCCAUAUGUCUAGCAGAUCAAAACAGCAACUUCCCUCGUGGGACCAGGAGCUGGGUCACAGGCUGGGGGCGUAUUGGCGUUUCGGGCACAGGUGGUAUAAGCGGCAGAACCACAGUGUCUGUGCCUUUACCUGCUCCUGGGAUUCUGCAAGAGGUUGAGCUUCAAGUGUACAGUAAUGAAAAAUGCAGUAAACGUUGUCAGGGACCCAUCACCCCCAACAUGAUUUGUGCUGGUACACGAAGUGGAGGCAAAGGAACCUUUUAUGGGGACUCUGGUGGUCCACUGAUGAGUAAGCAGUGUUCAGUGUGGGUUCAGGCUGGUGUUGUCAGUCAUGGGUAUGGAUGUGCACAGCCCAAGAUUCCUGGUGUGUUCAUUCGCGUCUCAGAGUAUAAACAAUGGAUUACAGACAAUAUUGGUGGAAACCUGCCUGGAUUUGUCCUCUUUGAUCCAACAUGUUUACUUCGCAGUAAGAUUCUCCUCUUCUCGUGCCUAAACACACAGUAUACAGCAACAUGCACUUCUUUGACCUAUGUUUGUUUUUGCAUUUUGUUUAGAAGUUCUCAAUAA